AUGGAUCCCACAGAGUUGCCCUCAGAAGACAGUUCUUAUGCACAGAGUGUUUUCUUUCCUGGUGUCAACAGCAACACAGGGACGUUGGAGGCAGAGACAGCCCAGGACUACACAAUAAACCUUCCUGAGAGUGAGAGUAUAAGCCAGCUGUGCCACCUGGGUGCCUGGGUUUUGCCCUCCCAGCAGCAGAAGAAUCUGCUGCUCUUCCUGAAGGGACAGCCACAGGUCCUAGGGGUGGCUCAGAUCCUCAUUGGACUAAUAAUGCUGUGCCUGGGUGUGACAAUCAGUCCUUUUCCUCCAUUUGAGUACAGAAUUCGUUACAUGGCCACUAAAACAGGCUAUCACAUAUGGGGAUCCUUCUCUUUCCUCACAUCUGGAGCACUGUCCAUUGCUGUGGGAAGAAAAGUAACCAGGUGUCUGAUCCAAUGCAGCCUGGGAUUGAAUACAGUCAGUGCUAUUGUAGUAAUUGGCACAAUUAUGAUAAUUUUUGAAGAAAUAUUCAUAUAUGGAAAUGUGAUAUGGAGGUCUUCCUAUGGAAGUUUAUUUACAGGAAUGCUGACUGGAAUGGUGUUCCUCUCUCUGGCAGAAGGCUGCAUCGCUUUGUCUCUCUGUAUCUGUGCAUGCAAGGUGGCCUGUUCUGUCAACAAGGUGGUGGUUUUCUUACUGAAUAAUGACAACAACCCCUCAGUAGUCUCUCCUGAACAUGUGUAUGAUGAGGUCACAUUUUAG